CCUUAUAACACAAAGAUACAUAGAUGGGGGAGAGUGUAAUUUGGCCAUGUAACGACAUGGAGUCGGAUGAAGAUAUCAAAUUGAGAAAGCAAUCUCUGAAACCUAUUCAAACAAAAAUUCCAAACGGAACAUCACCACCACCACCAUCACCACCACCACCAUCAUCAUCAUCAUCAUCAUCAUCAUCAUCAUCAUCAUCAGAAGAAGAAUAUGAUAUUUGUGAUGAAGAAGAGAGCGAUAAGGAAGAAGAAAUGCCGCUAAGUCCGACAAGUCGUUUGUUCCAAGAACCAAAGCUCAAUCUGCAUGUCGUAUCAAUCAUAGGGCUGAAGAGCAAAAUUGACCCCGUGGAUGUUAAGGCCAACUUGCCCGACACUUUGCUUAAGAACUAUCGCUUCUCUAGUGUGCUGGUUGAGGAUGAGGAAGAUGGAAUUAUGAAAUGGGUUAGAACAAAAGUGGAUUUGGACAAGCACGUCAUAAUUCCGGAGGUGGACGAAUCAGCUCGUUCCACGCGCACAUCGGGGGACAAAUUUAUCGAAGACUACGUUCAUGACCUCACCAAAACCUACCUCAACGAUGAGAUGUCACGGCCUCUUUGGGACCUCCACAUUCUCGACAUUAAAACCUCCGAGGCCGAGAGCACCGCAAUUCUAAGGGUUCACCACUCUCUUGGCGACGGCAUAUCUCUCAUGUCGGUUUUACUCUCUUGCACUCGCCAAACCUCCGACCCCAAGGCUUCGCCGACGCUUAUAACUAACAAGAGUAACACCAACAGAAAAAGUGAGAUCGAGAAAGGUGGUUUUGCUACAAAAUUAUUGCUGUUCUUGUUCGGGAUCUGGUGGUUUUUAAGGUUGUUCUUGAAUACAACAAUUGAUCUUUUGGUGGUUGCUGUGUCGAUGUUCUUGUACCCAAAUAAGGGGCUGCCUAAAAUUAAAGGUCGUCCCGGUACUACUCAAAGAACUAGUCGGCGAAUAGUUUUCAAGAAUGUUAGUUUGGAUGAUCUCAAGUUAGUGAAGAACACAUUGAACACGACCAUAAACGUUGUUGUUGUGGGCGCCACACAGGCUGGAUUAUCCAUGUAUUACGAUAGAAGAUAUGGUCUUGAAAGCAAGAUUGACGCUGAAGGACAGAAUGAAAAAGAGAACAAAGACAGCAAUCCGAAAAAAUUAAUUCGCCUAAGAUCAGUUGUGAUUGUUAGCGUGAGACAACUAGUAGGGUUUCAGCUUAGUAAUAAAAUAGGAAAUUGGAUAGGCUAUGCCCUCCUUCCCUUAAAUAUUAAAUUAAGGGAUGAUCCAUUAGACUACGUUCGAGAAGCCAAAGCUAACCUUGAUCGGAAGAGACAUUCUCUUGAAGCUAUUUGCACUUUUGGAACUAUCGGAUUAGUUUACAAGAUCUUUGGAAUCAAGUUAGCAAGUGCCCUUUUUAGAAGAUCUUCCAGCAGCUCCUCGAUUGCCUUCUCCAAUUUAGUUGGACCUCUUGAGGAAAUUAAUUUCCAUGGCUACUCAAUAUCCUACGUUGCUUCAAGUACUUAUGGACAACCAGUUGAGUUGAUGGUUAGCUUUCAAAGUUAUAUGGACAAGAUGAGUAUUGUUCUCUCAGGAGAUGAAGAUUUUUUUCCUGAACUGCAUGAGUUAUGCGAUGAUAUUACUGAAUCGCUGAGACGUAUUACGAAUUCUGUUAAAGAGAAAGAGGCUGUUAAGGAAAAAGAUAUCUAACUAAGAGGGUUACCUAUAGUCAUUAUUAUUUUGGAGUAUUGUUGUUUAAUUAUCCGGUGUAAGCAAUUUUUGUUUGAAUUGAGAGA